UUAGCUGCACGCGAAAAAUUAGUGCCAACAAAUACAAAAAGACGAGAGCGGCGAGACGGGAAAUUUGCUGCAUUCAAUCGAUUUUCUAACGCCACCCGUGUUGUUGUGGCUCUCUGUGAGCGUUUGGCCAGGCCAGCAGUGACGUCAGCACACCCGCAGCACGCCGUCGCACUAUCCACCAUCUCGCUCGCGGUCGUUUUAUGACGUCGGUAAUUGCUCGCUCGACAGGCUCGACGCUACAUCACAUCAAACGCUGCUGGUCCGGCUCGCUUAUCGGUGGCAAACAGUGUAUCCGGCCGUCGGCGCUUCCGCAAUCCGUCGUACGCAACGGCAGUGUCCCCGUGUGUCCAUUCGGAACGAAGUUUAGCGUGAUGGGCAAACCGAAGGUGGUGUUUGUGCUCGGUCCGCCCGGCUCGGGCAAGGGUACGCAGUGCGAGAAGAUAGUGAAAGAGUUUGGCUAUACGCACCUUUCCGCCGGGGAUUUGCUGCGCGAGGAGCGCAACCGGGAGGGGUCCGAGUACGGAGCGCUGAUUGAGGACAACAUUAAGAACGGGCGGAUCGUGCCGGUGGAAAUUACCUGCGCCCUGCUGGAAAAUGCCAUGAACAAAACCACCGAGGCGACCGGUAACGAUCGAUUCCUGAUCGAUGGUUUCCCCCGGAACGAGGACAACCUGCAGGGCUGGACGAAGAAGAUGGCCGACAAGGUCGAGCAGCAGUUUGUCCUGUUCUUCGAGUGCUCCGAGCAGCAGUGCACCGAGCGGUGCCUGAAGCGGGGCGAGAGCAGCGGCCGCUCGGAUGAUAAUGCGGAAAGUUUGAAGAAGCGCUUCAACACGUACAUCAACGACACGGUGGCCAUUAUUAAGCACUACGAGGAGCUGCAGUUGGUGAAGAAAAUCGAUGCCAGCGCCGGCCCGGAUGCGGUCUUUGAGCACGUGAAGGCAAUUUUCGGCGAGCAGAAGUAGAUGAGUGUGGCGGGGUAGUCGGUAGGAGUACGAAGGCAAAACUACACGCUAAUUUGAAUAGAAUCCGGUUUUUUCAUAUCAUUAAGCAGACGCCAGCCAUAACAGGUUGUCGCCGGGAAGCGUUGGUCAGUGGAGUUUGAAAUAGCUUUUUUCCGACUGCAACGAUGCGGAAAUGCUAUGCGCUCUCCACUCAAAGCUGCCGGCCUACAUUCCUCAAUAUCGAAAACACAAGCGCCUCCCCCAGUCCUUUCUCUGUACCCUUUACUACCGGUGAAAAAACCUGCGAGCUUAUUAACUGUCCCUUUUAGUUUCCCUUCCAGUAUUUUUAACCAAUUGUAUGCAAUAUGUAUAUCCUAUGCUAGAAUGGCAUAAUUCAAUGUACUGACAAUUUUUGCAACUGAAAACGCAAACGGUAAAAUCAGCAGUAAAGUAUUAAUUUCACUCUUGUUAGGUUUGUUUCUGCGGUGAAGGAAUGUGAAAUGGGGUAUAUAAGGGAUCGGAUCGCUCGUGCACAGUGAAUCGUACACCAAAUCCUGUCGUUUAUGUGAAAAGUUUUUUUUUUGUUAGGCAGUGCUAAUUUCCUUCAACUAAUUUUGUUUCAUUUGCAUCCUGCUGAUUACUUUUCUUUUUCUUUUUUCGUCUCGAAUGGUGUGAAUGUAAAUGAAUUGAUGAAACGAUAAUAAACAUUAGAAAUAUAUGGUGUCACGUUACAAAUGCUAA